GUAAACGAACAUCACUUCAAUUGACAAUCUUAGCAAAGCGAACCCACACGUCUCCUAGCAACCGCAAUAACGUUUGGUCACACGAGGCAGUUCGAUGUGUUUGAAAGUACACAUAUUUUAAAGUUAGAGCAAGACGUUCUUUAAACAAAAAAUGCCGGCGGAAUACUGGUUAAACAACACUUAAGUCGUGUUCUAUACGCUUUCAAAGACUAACAACAAGCAAUUGAUCAGCGGGUUGACAGGUGAAGAAGGAUGAUUGUUGAAAGGCUCAAACUGACUUGUGACAAACUUGUGUCGCACAGGCAGCUAGCUUGUAGUCAGUCUUUCACUGGCAUCCCUCAGCGUGGCACGGAUAUUCUCAUUUACACUCAUUUGGACGUUGACCAGAAGGCCUUAUUGCUCACUGGCCAUCAUGGUGAAAUCACCUCCAUGACUUUUGGGAAAAUAAGCUUACCUGUCCAAUUCUGUUCUGCAUCUGCUGAUUAUGUUAUUGUAUGGAAUUUGCACGUGUGCCAGAGAAACGUCAACCAAGAUAAAGUAGCAGCUGGGACAAUCAUUGGGACCUCACUUGGAGAAGUGGUCCAUCUUUCCUUCUGUUUCUCUGAUGAGAGAGUGGCUGCAUGCUCAGGACCUACUGCAUAUGUUCUCAGCUCACAGAAAGAGGAAAUUAUCUCGGCAUUGACUGGUCACUUGGGACCUGUAACAUCAGCAGAGUUCUGUCCAUGGAAUAAAGACAUUCUUAUAACCACAUCAGAGGACAGAACAUUCAAGGUGUGGGAUUUAAACACUGAGACUGUGUUCUACCAAUCGUAUGUACUAUCAGCUUCUCCCCUGCUCAGUGUGCUCUUCAUGAAGGAUAACAGGCACAUUGUCACCGGCUCCACAGAUGGACAGGUUUGGUGCUUUUCUCUCCGUGAAGAUUUUACUUGUCAGCUCGUGACCAAAAUAGACCUUCACAAAAGUGAACAAAGACAUCAAGCAGGAAUGGUUGAACAGUCAUCUGAAGCUAAGGUGGACAUUUCCAAACCUGUUCUGAAAAUGGCUCCUUUUGGCUCAUGUAAUGACUUCAGUGAUGCAGAGAAAAAGGACAAGAGCUGGCUAUGUAUUGGAAGCACUGACGGCCUGUAUGUGGUCGAUCUGGCUACAUCAGAACUGAUCACAGUUCUGUAUUUCAAAGACUACCUCGGUUUGAGUGUCACAAUGGCUGGGUCUUGGGUCUUCUCUGAGCAGUCUAACAAUUCUGUGGUGUUUUUAGUGAGCUCUUUGUUUACACCGUGUGUGAGCCUGUUGGAGUUUCGUCUGGGUGAUGCAGGGAGUGUCUGUGCUGGAAAUCAAGGCUUUUCUGUAUUUUCAAGUUCGCCCCCACUGCUGGAGUCUCCUCUAAAUGCUGAGCUGAAGAAGAAGGAGCCCAAUCAUGCAAGGAAAAAAGGUGGAAUAAAGGAACAGCCACUUGUUUUCCACUCAAAUGUCAAAUCAUCUGGAUACACAAGCUCCCCAAGGAAGCAAAUGUUUUCACCCAAAACAAAUGCUCAAAAAAUUCAGUCCUCUAUGAAGACCAAGAAGAAAAAGGGUUUACUCCUCAAAGAUUACCCAGAAGACACUGCAGCACCUACAGUUCUUCGUGCCCAUCUGAGUAUUACUAAUAAGCCAAUGUACUGCCUCCAGUAUUCAGGUGAUGGAAGGCAAAUCCUGUGCGGUCUUGGCGACAGCUCUGUAUUGUUGUACAAGUCUUCCCUUACUGGCAAUCCAGCUGUGUAUACAGGACAUGACAAGCCAGUGAGCAGUGUGAGUUGGAGCCUCAACAGACACUGCUGGUUAAGUGCAUCACAUGACCAGACUUUGCGACUUUGGACUCAUGACAUCCCAGAGCCUGCUGUCAUCAUGAGGAAACAAAUGUUCUCGAAACCUAUCAAAGGUGCCCAGUUUUAUUACCUGGACAAGUUUUUGCUUCUGGCAUCUGGAGACUCACUGCACUUGUAUUUGUACCAUGUGGAUGUCACACACGAUGAUAUCAAAAGAUACGAGCAUCGGAGUUUUGUCAAAUUGGCAAGAUGCUUUUCAACAUCCUCUGGAGCAGAUAUUACAGACUUGUCUGCUAUCAAUGAUUUCUUCUCCUACAUUGUUCUGGUGUGUGCCUCCGAUCGGUCCAUUCAAGUAUUUGACAUGAACACAGGUAGAGUGGCUGCAGAACUGCCUGAUGCUCACAGCAGAGCCAUCCACUGCAUAACACAGAACAAGGGCUCAAUGUUCAGCACACAGGCACCGGAAUCAUACAACCUCUUCCUCACCAGUGCAGUCACGGAUGGUGUGAAGAUGUGGGACCUUCGCACACUUCGGUGCGUGCGCCGUUAUGAAAACCACAUCAAUCGCUGCCAUUCCUGCUCUUCCGCCAUUUCCCCGUGUGGUCGAUUCAUAGCCUGCGGCUCUGAGGACAACUGUGCUUACGUGUACGACGUCAGGAGCAGCAGCUACCUCCACAAGCUGCAGAGACACUCCGAAACAGUGCUCAGUGUGGCUUUCAAUCCUGCUACACCACAGCUGCUGACUGGAACUCUAGAUGGGAAACUAAGCCUGUUUGAGCCCAGCAGCGGAGUUCGUCUAUCUCGUGACACAAGCUCUGCUGCACUCAACGUCUCCAACAUGGCCAUGUAAUCACACAGGCUUCUGCAAAGACCAUGCUGCUCCAGCCUGGCCAGUAUUUCUUUUAUUUAUGUACAGAAAAUUAUGCAUUGUCUUGUAUUACUCUUAAUGUCUUUCCUUGCACAUCAGGUUGUCAAAAAUAUUCACCAAUACAGCCACAAUUUGUAUAUUUUUUCUUUUAAAUCCACUCUUUGAUUGACUCUUUGAGAUUGUCACCAGCCUCAUUUCACCAUAAUGUCUUGAUAUAAUAUUUCCUCAAUUAGACGUAAUUACAGCGACAUUAGCCAAAAACAAUCCCAUCAAGUUGCUCCCAUGCGUUCACCCACUUUCAGCGGUGGGGCAGGUCAAGGAUCAAACUGAUGUAGAACAGAUGUAGUAGUACAGCAUGGCUGGCUGUGAUCACCACUUAGCACGAGGCCCAUGACGUCAACUGGGUGCAACCUGCGAGGCUGCCAGGCCAACAGAUGCUGCUACUACGGCUUGUCACAUUGCGCUCAGCUUGGAUUUUCUCUCAGGCCAAACCAAAAUGUCACACCUGCAUGUAAGGGGUUCAGAAUGGAAGUUAACGUGUUACAUUGUUGCUAGGGUUUCUGAUGGCUAUAAAUACAACACUGGCUGAUUAUGAUUACUUUUUUCCAACAAUAUUAUAUCGUAUAUGCCUUGCAGUACUUAAAAUUCACUAUAUACAACUGUUUUUAGCCACAUGUAGAACGUCGAUUCUAGUGGGCCUACAUUCUCACUGUGAGAGCAUUAGUGUAUUUUUGAACUGACUAUCUCAUUAAAUUGCUGAGCUAGCACAGGUCAAAGGUAAAAUCGGUGUGCUGUUCUUUUCUGCCACCUACAGUUGUCAACUGACCUUCAAACUGUCGGGAAUGAUUAUUUUCUUCAAACACAAAUGUUACCCACCUGUUGCAGCCAACCACGCGUUCCGCCCAGGCUUAAAUCAGGGUCUGCAGAUGGAGAAUUGAGCCAGUCAAAGGCAAAAUUGAUUCUGUGGUCUUUUCAGUCAAUCACAAUUAUGGGACUGAAGUUGGUUUCCUUAUUUAUGAAUUUCAUAUUCUCGUAAUUAGUAAGGAUGCUCUGAUCGAUCGGCCACCAAUAAAUGCUUUUCAAUGCUGAUCACAAAAGCCAAUGACCUGUGGCCUGUACUAUUGCAGGCUGCAGCGAUCCCUACAUGCUGUGUAGUGUCUUCCCCUAACGUCUGGGGUGGCGUCCUGUUCCCACUUCCUUCACAUUGCGCAGGUGUGCCAAAACAAAAACAAAUAGGUCUGCCAUGUGAAACUUACCUGCCAACACAUGCCAUGAAAGAUAUCUCACGUGGUUAGCAUGUUAAAAAGCUUUAAUUUAACACCGUUUGAAGAACAAACACUUGACAGACUAUGGUGAAUUUUUGAGGCUCACAGUGUGAUCAUCAGUCAAACGGCUAAGCUAAUAACUCAAAAAUAACUGAAUGAAUUGGAUGAGAUGACCAGCCUUUCUCAGCCGUCGAGGACACCGACCGGGUUCGCGGACUGCUCUCUCGCUUGGAGCCCACCUAUGUGCUGCCUGGAAGUCCUGCUAGGGCUUCGCCAAUAUACUCUCACAUCCAAAGUCUCCUUAAAGAAGUCGUCUCAUCCUCUGUCUGUCUUAAUAUAUUUUGGGUCCCGUGGUAGUCAAGGCACCUUGGAAUUGUCAUAACUUUGCCCCCCUUAUACGGCACCCAUAGCCAAUAGCACUCAUCAUAAAUACAUUUUAAAAAUUAUAAUUACUUCAUGUGAUCGGUAUUGGUACUGGCCAUCGGUAUCGGAAUUGGCAGCAUAAAACCCAGAUCGGAGACUUCCUAGUAGUUAGAGCACAGUAAACCUGUGUACAACCUUCUAUGCACAGUUUUUAAUAUUGUUGCAGUCCCCUAGACAUGACAUAACACCCCCAUAGUCACCUUUACACUCAUACUACCCAAUAUAGUCGACACAAUAACAGAAAAUAAGACAUAAAUAAGACUUGUGCUCAUGUGUGUUGCUGUAAAUGUGUUCCGGUGCUAGCCGACGGGAAGUGACGUCCGAAGCCUGUUUUUUCGGCAAUCAAGUCUGGUGCUUGUGUGUCUCACUGAACAUUACAGUAACAUUACUGACACCUAGUUACCAGUAGAGACAACUACAUAUCACAAUGUCUUUGAAUGCAUCUUCGGAAUGCCUUGUACAGUUGUUCCUCGUUUAUCGUGGUUAAUUGGUUCAGCGACAAGUGAAAAAAGUAGGAUUGAUUCAAUAUUAAGAGACGGAAUAUUUUCGUAGUUAGAGCAUAGAAAACCUGUUUAUGACUUUCUAAAUAUGAUUUUUGCCAUUAUUAGAGCCCUCUAGACAUGAAAUAACACCCCUACAGUCACCUUUACACUCAUAUUACCUAAUAUAGUAGAUAUAAUCUGGGAAAAUAAGCCAUUUAAGAUAUAAAUAAGACUCGUGCUUGUGUGUGUUUUUGUGUGUGCUUGUGUGUGUGUACACGUCUUCCGAACGUGUACACACGAAGUGACGUCGGGGAUUCAGAGUUGAGUUUUAGCUAGGGUAUGGCCACAACAGUAGCCCGGUUUAUUGUUAUGAUGAUGAUGACUGUUAUUAUCACUUAUGUUAUUAUUGUGCCUGUUGUGAGAUAAAUGAUUAGAAAAUAAUAAUACUCUGGUGUUGGCAAUCAAGUCUGGUGCGUAUUACUAAUGACACCUAGUGGCCACUAGACUGCAGUUCAUCAAUGUCUUGUAUUGCCUUAAACUGUAUUUUGUAUUCUAGUUAAUUUAGAACAUAUUUAUGCUGGAAAAUGCUUAAUUUAGGCCAACAAUAGAGUCAUGGAAAAAAUUAUUAGACCACCCUUGUUUCUUCAGUUUCUUGUUCAUUUUAAUGCUUGAUACAAAAAGGCACCUUUGUUUGGGUAAAUGUAACAUUUACAACAAAAAGCUCAUAAGAGUUCAGUUUUCUGGCAGUACAAUGCUAUAGCUAUUCGUGUAAGAGCUUAAGUGAUUUUGGUUAUUAUCAAGAAAACCAUGGAAGUUGCUAGAUAUCAGCUCUUAAAUUCAACUCUUAUGAGCUGUAUAUGUUAUCAUUAUAUAAUGCAUGACUUAUUCAUUAAUAUAUUUUUGAAAAACCCUGAUAGAUUGAAGCUUCAAAAUUCCAAGUGCAAAUGGUGAGUUACAACUGUCCAUCCAAUGGAUGUAUCUCAUUGAUUAUGAAUGCCUAAUAAUGCAAGAUGGCUGGUCAGAGGUCAGAGGUGGCUAUAAUCAUAAUUCUGAUCGACAGAGAUUUGGUUUGAUUGAUCUGCAACUUUCAGUAGUUAAUGUUCAGUGUCAAAGGAAGAAUUCCAUUGAUUUUUUUUUUUUUUACGAUAUUGGACACGUAGUGACAAAGGUAGCUGAGCUCAAAGAUCAAAUGAUUUUGACUUCAGAUUCGAUGCAAGAUGGCGGAGGUGGUUUUGGAGAAAGGUGAAACUCAAAAUUUUCAACUGGUCUUCAAAAUUCCUUUCAUUGUUGUACGCCAAGCAAGAAUGUUGUUGAUAUUGAGUAAUAUCUGGAGGUUGCUGAGGUUUACUCGAUUCAGAGCUCCAACAAUUAACAUUUUUUCUUCAGGCUUUAAGAGAUUUAUUGUUUAAUACCAAAGCAGCAACCCUGUUGAUUAUGAACGACGUCUGAUGCAUGAUAAUUGAGGUAGAUAAUGUCAAAGGUGAAAUCUGUUGAUUAAGAGCUGUGGCAAUUACAAAUUUCAAGUGAUGUACAUCAAACUUUCGAUGGUGCUGUAAUUGUUUUGUGGCAAAGCAAGAACCAACUGGUUGAUUUUGAAUGACAUGAUACAAGAUUAUGGAGGUGACUAAGGCCCAGUGUAAAAUUAAUAUUUUCCAAGGUUCUAAAUAACAGUUUAACAAAUUAUUCCAUACAUAUUGUUUUAUUGUAUUUCAAAGCAAGAACACUGUUGACCUUGAAUAACAUGCGGUGCACAAUGGCUGAGGUAGAUGAGGUCAAACGCCACGUUUUUUUUUAAUCCGAGUUUCACGUGUUUCCCUCUGUAACAGUUUUCUUCCUUUAACAACCAAUAAGCCACAAAAGAGACAAAUACAUUAUGAAAGAUUAUUUUACUACCAACCACUUUUUAUUUUUAUCAUAUUUUAAAUAAGAUAAAUUAGUGUCUUACCGCAAUAAUCUCUGGUCAUAAUGGUGAACUUUUUAUAGAAUGAACAAUCGGCUCGUCUAAAUGGAACCCAAACAUCAGGCAUCACUCAUGCGCUGUCCAUAAAGUAGACAUACUAUAUUUUAUUUGGCACGUCAUCUGAUACUGAAGCUAAUUACACGGUGAUAAGUCAUGAACUCGUCUCGCUUUGCACAAACUGCUCCCGUCUGCCACGUCCAGUAAUAUGUGCCUAAUUAAUAGCGAGGCAUGCAGAUGUUGUGCUAUAUUAGUGAGUAACCAAAAUAAGAGAGUAGGGAUGGAUAUCCAUGAGAUUUAUUGGGUGAGUGAGUUUGUCUAAUACCAUGUUGUAAGUGUGUGUCUUUUUAUGCCACAAAAUGAACUGGCAAGCUUGACUUUGUCCUGUCAUGGUGAGCUUUAGUGUUCCUGCACACAGCAGCAGCUUUCUGCUAGGACAAACACUCGUAAAUUGUCUUUGGAUUAAAUUUAGGUCGCCAGGUCUUCAUUUCAUUGUGCUGGAAUGUGCAUGUGUUAGUGUAUGUGACCUCGCAUCCACCUUAACCUGUAUGAAUUGACAUCCUAUACUGAGAUUCAGUAUCCUCCUGUUGAUAUAUAAUGAUACAUUUGUGUACAUGUGCAUUCCUUGUCUGUGUGAGGUCAUUUCGAGUGCACUCCCUUCAUUGAUCUCACCAGAAAAGAAUGAUGUGUUUAUCCUUCAGCCACACCCGCACAUCCUAAUGUGGUCUUGUCCAAAGUCUGAUCCCUGAUCCCUUAAUUCAAAUGACAAAUGUGUUUUCUAAAGAAUGGGGCUAAAGAAUGACAGUCGACAAGACGGCAGGCACAUUACAAGACAUUCAAAUAAAUGUUAGGGUUUGUGGCCCUAAAUUGUUUACAGUUGACCCUGCACACUCAGAUUAGUUGGAAUUUCAACUCAUUUUCAUAGGAAUAAAGGAAAUAGUGUUCCAGGGUGAAAGUGUAGCCAUAAUGAAUCAGUAAUUAACUCUGCAGGCAAUGUUUUUAAGUUUUGAAAUUCUAAACAAUGAGUGCAAGUGUACAAAGUCAUUAACUACUGUUACUGAAACCGGACGUCACGCAUCUCAUUUGUCCACUUUCAAAUAGCCCUUAAAAGCAUAUUUUUUCACAUGUCAUUAUUCUGUGUGAACAGCACCAAACAUGGAAUCGGACACUGCAAACCCGGGAAUUGUUCUUCUUCAGAGGUAGUAUCAGAGCGAUAACAGAGGCGCCUGUGCAAAAGUUAACCCCGCAAUCGGAGUGUGAAGUUCAACACCUGAGACUCCAGACUUACCGGCCCUGUUGUGUUGAAAGUAGUUGUCGCUGCUCGAGAAAGAUUUUGUUGUUGCUGUUUGUGUGUUUAUUUGGAUCCCCAUUAGUUGCAGCAGAAGCUGCUGCUAUUCUUCCAGGAGUCUGACAGAAAAUACAAGAAAACUAGAAAAUUCAGCAGUAAAAAUACAACAAUAUACAGUAUUGUAUAAUAAAGCGUGUGAUUAGUUGUAUGUACUGUAUGUUGAAUCGACAGACCUGCAGUAUAUUUUAGCACUGAUACUGCUCAAUAAGAAAGAAUAUGGAUUAUAAGAGUGCAACAAUAAUUUAUCCAGACACAGGAAGAAGUCUUAUAAUUUACUUUGGUCUGAGACAAAAAAAAAAAAACAGAUUAGUAGCAGAUGGUGUUCUCCAGUGUGGACACAUAAACACAAGUACAGAACAAUCACAUAAUUCAAUAGAAGACCUUCAUGGAAGACAGAUUACUGAGAACAACCUUUGAGAACCACCCUAAAUACAAGAUGUGGUCGAAUAAUAACACCUUGAAGAUGUAAGGUUAUGAUCAGUAGAGUGGUUCACAUUGUUAGAUGUCAAUUCACAAUGAAUAUUAACCAAAAAUGUAACAUGUCUUUUGUGUGUGUGAGUUGUAAUUGCUGUUGUACUUUAUUUACAGUUUAAUCGACUUCCCGAAGGUGGCCAUUUUUCUCUCAAAUCACCUUUAACCAAAGUGGGUAUAUAAGUGUAUGUAUAUAGUGUGCGUCAGUAGGGGUGAGAUAUUCAGUGAACAAGACGAUUGGGUUUACGAGACGAGAUUUUAACAGUACUUGUAAAAAAGUACAAUGAAAAAAUAUAAAAAUAUGACAAUAUAUUGCAGUCUACUAAUUUAAUUUCUACUACGUUGCACUCUUCUGCGCUCUGUGUGAAUGCUAGCGGCCCCGCCUUCACCCACCGGGACAAAGAGACUGUAUGACUGACAGAGACAAGGAAAAGAGACAUGCAUGCACAUGGCAAUAUAUUCAGGCCGGCAAAAUUAUCGAGUUCAUUUUCAUUUAUUGCGUGAUUAGUUAAUUUAUUAUCAUCCCAGGCCUAGUGCCCACAAGACGUUUUUUUUCCUGAACGAGAAAGCUUGUCACAUUUUAAUCUUGCAAGAUCUUGUUACAAGAGAUUUUGUAUUUUUGUACACUUUUGUAAUAAUCCUUCUCUCGACACCGUUCCCUGCCAAUCGAGGCAGAUGGCCACCCUCCGUGAAGCUUUACUCGUGAAACCUAUACAGGUGGUAUUAAAACUUGUGUCACUCAAAAACUAGUUUCAUCUCACACAGCGAAUGAAUACGUGCUGCACUCUGCAAGGAAGCGGUGUGUACUCAUCUCUCGCACCGCGGAUGAACACAGUGUCUGCCUCAUUCGAAGCUACACCAAGUGAAUAACAUUGCUUAUAAUUAACUUUUUGCACUUCAUUAUGUCUCCCAAGCAUAAGGCAGGCUCUUCUGGUGGAAAUGUGCAGAGGACAAGAAAAGCCAUUACCAUGGAAGUGAAAAUGAACAGCAGAGCUUUGAGAGAGGAGAAACACCCACCGUCUUUUCGGUAUUAAACAACU